AAAGCCCGGCGCGGCGGCGGCAGGCAGGCAGCGGCCGCCUCUGUUCCCGGUACCCUGUGGGAGGUCAUUGCACAAGCGGGGCUGGAGCCAGGGCUCUUCGCAGGCAGCGAUCCCCGGUGCAUGGGAGACAAAGCGACUGCUGCCGCCGGCUGCUGCUGCUGCGUGGGGGCCCCUGCCCAGCUCUGCCCCCAGCUGCGUGCGGUGAGGAGGAGGAGGAUGAUCCCGGCCCAGGGUGUCUCACGCCUCUUCUGAGCCCCUGAGGCGUUUGCUCCCGGCCGCCCGUGGCAUUUUGGAUGCUUUUUGCAGCGGCCGCCGCCCCUCGCCUCGCCCCGCGCCCGCAGCGCCAUGCACACCGUGCAGAAGGACACUACCUUCACCAAGAUCUUCGUCGGGGGGCUGCCCUACCACACCACCGACUCCUCCCUGAGGAAGUACUUCGAGGUGUUCGGGGACAUCGAGGAAGCGGUGGUGAUCACCGACCGGCAGACGGGCAAAUCCCGGGGAUAUGGCUUUGUGACUAUGGCAGACAGAGCUGCAGCUGAGAGAGCAUGCAAAGAUCCCAACCCCAUCAUUGAUGGCAGAAAAGCAAAUGUGAACCUGGCGUAUCUGGGAGCCAAACCAAGGAGUAUUCAAACUGGUUUUACCAUAGGUGUGCAGCAGCUACAUCCAGCCUUCAUUCAGAGACCAUAUGGGCUCACCCCUCACUAUAUUUACCCUCAAGCUAUCGUUCAGCCUAGCGUGGUCAUCCCAACCCCCGUGCAGUCACUCACGUCUCCCUACAUAGACUACACCUCUGCGAGCCAAGCCUACACUCAGUACACCACCGCUGCCUACGACCAGUACCCCUACGCCGCCUCUCCUGCUGCUGGAUUUGUGGGAUAUGGCUACACAAGCGCAGUUCAGCAGCCCAUCACAGCUAGCAAUCCGGCAGCGCACACAACGGCUUUUGUUCAGUAUCAGCCCCAACAGCUGCAGCCUGACAGAAUGCAAUAAGGGCCCUGCCCAUGCGUUUGCCAUGUAGGACAAUCUUUUACAGUGGACGGAUACAAACAAAAAAAGCAGAAAACAAAACCACCCAACUUUACUAGGUGCAUAUGAAUACCUAAGCUAUUUAUAGUGUUAAGGACAAACCUAAACUCUUGCUGUCUGAGAUGCUCAUGGAAAAGGACUUCCGGUAAGUUUUUUCUUUCAAUCAAAGCAAAUAUUGUCUUGAAGAUGGACUUAAAUUGACUGAAAUGUUAAGAGGAAAACUACAGUUUCUAGCACACUUAGUGAUCUGCUUCCAUUGCCUGUCAUCUUCUCAAUCCCCCUCCUUCUCCCUUCCCCCCAUCCAUCAGUUGUUUCCUCCUUCCCUCCCCUCCCCAGAUCAGAUCUGCAAUCCUCUCAUUUACUGUUGAGGUACACAAGGUACUUGGAGAACAUGGAUAAAAAGCAAUCGUAUUUUUUGGUUGUACAAAAACUUUGUAAUACUCAGAUGCCUUACAGAAAAAAGAAGAGAACUAUUUUUUAAUAUUUAUUGCGAUUGUAUUCGCAUGAGCUGUGAAUUGCAGACAGAAGAAUAGUAGUAAGUAUCUGCCUUGUUUAAUUCUCAUUUUACUAAAUUAUUGUAUGUAGGUAAAAGUUCUUAAGUAAUUGCUGAAUCACUUCAACAUGCAAAAGGGAAUAUUGGCUUUAAGGAAAGCAGAAUAUUCCUUUAGUCAACGCACUGUAAUAUUUUCUUAUUGUAAUUCUUACUCUUAAGAUUAUCUCAGACUUAGGUAUAUUUUUAAAAUGCAAAAAAUAAAAAUAAAAAUCAAAAACAAAGCCCCCACCCCACCUGGAAUACUGAACAUAUUGUCUACUAUGAUCUUUUGUUAUAAUGCUGCAACUUAUGGAGAAAUGGACAGUAUUUAUGUAAAAGUUACAGUUUUCAGGCUGUUGGCUGGCAAAGCUUAGGAGAAUGUUAGGAAUGGAUUAAAACCUCUUUUUACGUAUUUGAACAAAUGGGUAAAUGUAACAUAUUUUUAUGCCUAUGGUACAACAGCCAAAUAAAGAGACAACAGACCACAUAGGAUAAGUGCAUCUUUACAAGGAGGACAAUAAUUUUUUUUUAAACAACUCAAUACUAUGUUGUAUGCUCCAGCCAAAUAAAUAUGGUAUUAAAGACACAAAUGAAAUUAGCUUGAAUUGGAUACACUGGGCCUUACCCUGCAGCUGUUGUGUACUUGAUUUUGAGAGGUUCUGAGCCACCUUCAAGUCUCCUGGACCCCUCUCUGCAUUCAAACUACAGUUUCCAGCAACUCCCAUUGGAGUCACAUGCCUGUAAGCACACCUGGCCCUUAGUUGCCCUGUAGGUUGUGUUGUCCAUUGAGUCCAGUGUCAAGUGAGUAUUUAGUGCUUCCUUUCUAAGCUGUAGCACUUUCACUGACAGUGUGCUGAUGUCAGUGAUGCCCAAGGUGCUCGGCAAUGGAGGCUCGCAAAGACUGCAGUAUCAGUAUUGUCCUGAGGGGGUUUUCAUGUAGCGCAGAGAAACCACAUGCCUCUGCUAAUGGAAUUUUGCACAACUGAUUCCAUCCAAAAAAUCUGAUCUGCCAAAAUUCUGUCUUGUGUAAGGUCUGGGUUUCUGAGGGCCUCUUCAAUCAGGCAGACUAGAGACAUGCUGGGAUUUGCACUUGCCUUAGAGCCACCUUGCCUGAGGGCCUGGAGCCUUCCUCAGGUUGGCCACAUGGUUCCAUUUUAUUUUCCCCUUCAAUUUCCUUUAGUAAUUUGGUUUUCAACUUUUGACCCUCAAAAAAAAAAAAAGCUGUUUUUAAAGUAAAUAAAAUGAAUCUAUUUAAACAUG